GAAAUCUUUUUGUUUCCAGCUGUUGGAGAUGUUAAAGUUCUACGCGCGCUUUGAGAUCAAUGAUGAGACAGGCGAUUGCUUAAGUGAUCAUGAUAUGACUCAAAUGCAUUACAAGAAAAUCACUUCGCUUCAAAAAGCAGCGUUUGCGAAAUUCCCCGAUUUGAGAAAAUUUGCUUUGUCGAACGUUGCAAAUGUCGACACGAGAGAAUCUCUUGAGCGUCAUUUCGGUGGAUUAGACGCCGAUAGUCUCAAAGAAAUCGCGUGUUACUUGAACCUUGUUCCCGAAGAUUUAAAGCCGCCUUUCAACUGGCAUCGAUUGGAUGAAGAGUUCUUGAGAAAUCUCUUGAUUUCUCGUCAUGAACGUCGCGUCUCACAACUGGAAUCGUUAAAUGAGAUGCCGCUUUAUCCAACCGAAGACAUCAUUUGGGAUGAGAAUGUCGUACCGAACGAAUACUUUUCUGGUGACGGUUGUUUAGCUCUUCCAAAACUCAACUUACAAUUUCUGACACUUCACGAUUAUUUAUAUCGAAAUUUUAAUUUGUUUCGAUUGGAAUCGACAUAUGAAAUUCGUCAGGAUAUUGAAGAUGCUGUCAUUCGAAUGCUUCCGUGGGCAUCAGAGGAAGGCGAAGUUGUGUUUGGUGGUUGGGCACGCAUGGCUUUGCCUGUGCAAGAUUUCGCUGUCGUUGAAGUUGGAAAGCCAAGAAUUGGAGAGAAGCGACCAUCAAGAGUUCGUGCUGAUGUUUCAGUUUCGUUAAAUGUCAGAAAAGAAGUUCAAGAUGAAUGGGAAAAUUUAAGACGCCACGACGUUUGCUUUUUGGUGACAGUUCAUCCAAAUGUUCCAAUUGGCACGAAAUACAAUCAUCGUGGAAACUUCAUUGAACAAGUUGGACUUGUAAAUGUCCGUGGAUGUGAAAUUGAAGGUUUGUUAGAUGAAAGUGGAAAAGUCAUCGAAGAAGGAAUCGAACCGAGGUCGAAACUGCCUGGCGAUAAGCGAACUUAUCGUGUUUGGUUGGACACAAAUCAAUAUCGAAAGGACAUAGAAGCACUUCAAGAAGGUGGUGACGAUGUUUAUGAAUCUUUCAACAUCAUAAUGCGACGAAAACCGAAAGAAAAUAACUUCAAAGCUGUUCUUGAAACAAUUCGUCACUUAAUGAACACGGAAUGUGUCGUUCCGCAAUGGCUUCAUGACAUUCUCUUAGGCUAUGGAGAUCCAGCGUCAGCUCAUUAUUCGAACAUGCCACAACAAGCACGAUCAUUAAAUUUCAAUGACACAUUCUUGGACUUUCAACAUAUUAAAGAUUGCUUUCCCGAUUAUCAAAUUCGUUUGAGAUCAAAAGACGACAACGUUGAACAUGUCAAAAGACCGUUUCGAUUGAUUUUUGAAGAUGUUGCUGAAAAGAGAGACAGCGACGAUGAUGAAGGAGAUGAAAACACUGGAGAUUUAAUUAAAGCGAUCACAGUUGAGCCUCAUGAGAUUGCUAAGCGUGGUCCGUAUGAAUACAACGAGCCGAAGAAGAAUUUGAUUCGAUUUACACAGACACAAGUUGAAGCAAUUCGUGCUGGAAUGCAACCAGGUUUGACUCUCGUUGUUGGACCGCCAGGAACUGGUAAAACUGACAUUGCAGUUCAAAUCAUUUCCAAUCUUUAUCAUAACCAUCCGAAUCAACGAACAUUAAUUGUGACACAUUCGAAUCAAGCUUUGAAUCAAUUGUUUGAGAAAAUCAUGCAACUCGACAUUGACGAACGUCAUUUGCUUCGUUUGGGUCAUGGAGAAGAAGCUUUGGAAACAGAGAAAGACUUCAGCAGAUAUGGUCGUGUUAAUUACGUUUUGUCUCAACGUUUAGAAUUGUUGAAGAAAGUUAAGAAGCUUCAAGAUUCGCUUGAUGUAACUGGCGAUGUUUCAUACACUUGUGAAACUUCUGGUCACUUCUAUCUCUACGAAGUCAUAGCACGUUGGGAAAAGUUCUUAAACGACUUUGAAUCGUCAAGAAGCGAUGAAAUAACAGCAGAAAAAUUCUCAUCACAAUUUCCAUUCGUUAAAUUCUUUAAUGCCCCUCCACAGCCACUUUUCAAUGGCACAACAUUCGAUGAGAACAUGGAAAUUGCUAAAAGUUGUUAUCGAUACAUCGAACACAUUUUUACAGAACUUGAAGAAUUUAGAGCGUUUGAGUUGCUGCGUAAUGGUCUUGACCGAUCAAAAUAUUUGCUGGUGAAGGAAGCAAAAAUCAUUGCAAUGACGUGUACACAUGCAGCAUUGAAGAGAAAGGAAUUAGUGAAUUUUGGAUUUAAAUACGACAACAUUUUGAUGGAAGAAUCAGCGCAAAUUCUUGAAAUUGAAACUUUCAUUCCAUUAUUGCUUCAGAAUCCUUUGGAUGGUUAUAAUCGACUUAAACGUUGGAUUAUGAUUGGAGAUCAUCAUCAAUUACCGCCGGUUAUUAAGAACAUGGCAUUCCAGAAGUAUUCAAACAUGGAACAGUCGCUGUUUACACGUCUCGUUCGUUUGGGGGUUCCAACAAUUCAACUCGAUGGACAAGGUCGUGCACGAUCAAGCAUUUGUGAACUUUACAAAUGGCGAUAUAAGAAACUCGACGAUCUCCAACAUAUUCGUGAGUGGAGCGAAUAUCGAAAAGCAAAUCCCGGUUUUGUCUUUGAUUAUCAAUUGAUAAAUGUUGAGAAUUACAAUGGAGUUGGCGAGUCUGAACCGAAUCCAUAUUUCUAUCAAAAUCUUGCUGAAGCUGAAUACGUCGUUGCUGUUUACAUGUACAUGCGAUUGAUUGGAUAUCCUGCUGAAAAAAUUUCAAUUCUAACGACUUAUAAUGGACAGAAGCAUUUGUUGCGUGACGUUGUCAAUACAAGAUGCACUGAGAAUCCUUUGAUUGGACCGCCCCAUAAAAUCACAACAGUUGACAAGUAUCAAGGUCAACAAAAUGAUUUUGUGUUAAUUUCUUUGGUGAGAACGAAAGCUGUUGGACAUUUGCGUGACGUUCGUCGUCUUGUGGUAGCCGCAAGUCGUGCUCGUCUUGGUCUUUACAUUUUCGGAAGAGUUUCGUUGUUCAAGAAUUGCUUUGAACUGCAACCGACAUUCAAGUUAUUAAUGCAACGACCACAACAACUUCAACUCGUUGAGAACGAAGUUUAUCCAUCUGAACGAAUGAAUGACGACAAAAUUAAAGCGAAAAUUAUUGAAAUCUCUGACAUGCCGGAAAUGGCUCAAUUCGUUUACAAAUUCUACAUGAAGAAGGUUGAUGUGAUGAAAGAAGAAAUGGAAAAAAUGAAAGAACUUUAUGAUCAAAUGCCGAAAGAAGAAACACCAAAAGUUGAUGUGACUGAGAAGAAAAAGGACGAAGGAAAAGUUAAAGAAAAUUUGCCUUUCGUUCCGAUUCCGAUAACAAAUGAAAUUGAUGAAGAAGUUCUUAAUUAUGUCGGUGGUGAAGUUCAAGGGCCAGAAAUGAAGAAACAAAAACUUAAUGAAGAUGAAAGUGAAGAAGCAUCAGCAACAGAUGACAACGAAGCGACAACCCAAAAACUUUCGUCGCCAAAACCGAUGGAAGGGGAAGAAGUCGCACCUGAAGCUGAAUAAAUUUUUUCUCUCUUUUUAUGACUUUUUACUUUAAAAAUAAAUUUAAUUAAAAUA